CGCUCUCCAGCAUUCUGCACUCUGAACCUCUGUCGCUAGUGAGGAGCUACACAUUUUCUUUAUGCACUGCACUCUAACCAACAAUUUAGGUAGGGAAAUCCUGCACGAAAAGAUGAAGUCAAAGGAGGAGGAGUCCACUGCUCCAGGGCAAUUAGCCAUUAGGAAAAGAUCCACAGUUCCUGGUGUGAUGAUCACUCAGUUUGUCAAGGAAAUUCCUCAUGGUAAAAGUCACCCAGACUUCUUGCGCAAACCCAUUGCCCUGACUAUUCAAGAAGGGAAGUUAGCUGUUUUUAAAGCAAUCGUCACAGGAGAUCCAACACCAACUGUAAGAUGGACUCGAAAUAAUGGUGAAGUUUCUAACGCUGAAAAGUACGUCAUUGUGUAUGAGCCAGUCACCGGAGAACACCAGCUACAGAUGCCUAAUGUAACUGUGGACCAAGCAGGCACCUAUAAGUGUUUGGCAGAAAACAAGUUUGGUUGUGCUAUUGUUACUGCCACACUUAAUGUAAUUGAGAUUGGUUUCAAGAAGAGCAAGGAAUUGCAAGAAUCACGAACAGCUCAACGUGAACAACCAGCUGAUUUCAAAAAGGUCUUAAAGACUCGAGCUAAUCGUGCAAAAGAGGAGCGAAAAGAUGGAGAGGUCGACGAAAGGUUCUGGGAGUUACUGUUGAGCGCUGAUAAGAAAGACUACGAGCGCAUCUGUGCUGAAUACGGAGUGACUGACUUCCGGUGGAUGUUAAAGAAAUUAAAUGAAAAGAAGAGAGAAAUAGAAGAACAGCAAGCAAAGUACAUUGAAUACCUGAGCAACCUGAAGCAUAUUGAUAUAAAAACUCCUGGUUGUGCACAGUUUGAAUUUGAAAUGGACCUCAGGGAUCCCAAUGCCAAAAUCUUCCUUUAUAAAGAUGGUGAACUGGUAGAGUUUUCUUCUGAUACAAGUCAGAAGCAUAGUCUACGUCAAAUUGGCAGACGCUUCAUCUUCACUGUCGAUGGUUUGUCUCCAGAUGAUGCUGGACUCUACCAAGUAGAUGUUGAAGGGGUUAACAUCUUUUCGACAAACCUAAAAAUUCCAAAUGUGGACUUCUUGGUAAAGAUUACAGAGGUAAAAGCGAUUGAAAGAGAGGAUGCAGUCUUUGAGUGUGUUCUGUCUGCACCUCUUCCAAAGAUCACAUGGAUGGGAAAGAAUGUUUCACUGGUUCAAGGCCAGAAAUAUGACAUUAUUGUGUCUGAAGAUAUGUUGGUGCAUAGAUUAGUAGUUAAAGACUGUAUGCUGGUGGAUAAAGGCAUAUAUGCUGCUGUGGUUGGAAUCAAAUCAUGCAAUGCCUGGCUGUUAGUGGAAGCUGACAAUGACUCGGACAAGCAUGGAAAAAAAGCAGCACGCAAAACAACCCAGGCUGGAGGUAGUGGAACUGACUUAUCAAAGAUUGCAACUGAACAGCAAGCCAAGUUACAGAAGGAAAGAGAGGAGAGGAAAGCAAUGCUCAAACAAAACCAGGCCUACCAGCCUGCACAGGCCUCACACAAUGAUGUUGAGCCUCCAGUUGAGCUUUCAGUCAAGCCUCUUCUUAACCCUCUAGCACAGCCUGCAGCUGAGCUAAUUCCACAGACAUCCCAGAAUACUAAAGACAAACCUAAGACCAAGAGUAACAAUCAGCCCAAGUCUGUCUCUAAAAGUAUGACAGUAGAGCCAAAGUUAGAUAAGUCAGAGAUGGAGGAAGUACCUCUAACAUCUGGAAAUAAAUGUGAUGGAGCUGGGAAAGCAGUGAAAUGUGAACAGCAAUCAGAACUAAUAGGUGAGGAGGAAGGAAAGGACAGUAAAAAGACAGGGCUAUUGAUCCCUGAUACUGUAAUUGAGGUAAAGGAAGUAUCUCUCAAAGCUGGGAAAAGAUGUGAUGGUUCAGGCCAAGCAGUGGAAUGUGAACAGAACUCAGAACAAUUUGGUGAGGUACAAGGCAAGGACAGAGACAGGACAGGGCCAUUGAUCCCUGACAUUGUAACUGAGAUGGAGGAAGUACCUUUAAAAGUUGGGAAGAGAAGUGAUGGAUUAGGGCAAGGAGUAGAAUGUAAACAGCAUUCAGAAAUAAUUGGGAAGGAGCAAAGCGAGGAUAAAGACAGGACAGGGCUAUUAUUCCCUGAUACUGUAACUGACAAAGCUUCCAGCCAAUCAAGCUCUUGUGCAGACCAAGGGGUUUACUUCACCAGUGGUUUACAAGAUGUCAAAGCCAUUGUGGGCCAUUCAGUUCAGCUGGUGUGCAAGAUAAACAAGGCAAACUGUGAUGGCGUGUGGUAUAAGGAUGGGAAAGAGAUAAAAUCUACAGAUGACCUGAUGACUAUCAAAGAUGGAGUAUUGCACAAACUGGUGAUUAAUAAUUGUACAGAGGUUGAUAAUGGAAAGUAUCGCUUUGAGGCAGCUGGGCGUAAAACAGAAGCUAUGCUCACUGUGGAAGACCCACCAAGGAUAAAUCAAGAUGAUAUGUCCAAGUUCUCCCAGCCUGUAAUCAUCAAAGUUGGCCAAAAUGCUGCCUUCAAGCUGAGCUUUAUGGGUCGAGAGCCAAUAAAAGUGCAGUGGUACCAUGAAGGCGAGGAGCUGCUGGAUGACAUAAAUGUUAAGAUUGAAAAGUCCUUCAGCAACAGCUGCCUUCUCCUCACCAAGUGCCAGCGCAAAGACACAGGAGAAAUCAAGCUCAAGCUAAAGAAUGAUUUUGGGAUUACUGAGGCUUUCUCUAAGCUCAUAGUCUUAGGUAAACCUACCAACCCAUUGGGCCCUGUAGAGGUAAUUGAGGCCUCGUCUUCAUGUGUGGAGUUUAAGUGGAGGCCUCCAAAAGAUGAUGGAGGUUCUCCUGUAAUUCACUACAAUCUGGAACGACAACAGAUAGGGCGAAACACUUGGAAGAAAAUUGGAAAUACGGGAGAUGAGGCCCACUAUAAAGACAUGGAUGUAGAACAUGGCAGAAAGUACUGCUACCGUAUAAGGGCUUUAACUGCAGAAGGCACCAGUGAUGUGUUUGAGACAGAAGACAUACAGGCUGGGACUAAAGCAUUUCCUGGACCACCCUCUACACCAAAAAUUGUAAGUGCCUUCAAAGACUGCAUCAACUUGUCAUGGUCCCCGCCAACCAAAACUGGAGGAACCAGCAUUGUGGGCUACAACCUGGAGAAACGCAAAAAUGGCAGCAACCUGUGGAACCAAGUAAACCCUAUAGGGGAGGAAAUUAAAGCCAAACAAUAUGCAGUUACAGAUGUUGUAGAAGGGAUUGAGUAUGAAUUCCGUGUCAUAGCCAUCAACUUCUCUGGUGCUGGAGAACCAAGCUCCCCUUCUGACUUUGUGAUAGCCAGAGAUCCUAAAAAGCCACCUGGUAAAGUUAUUGAUCUGAAGGUGUCAGAUUCCACAUAUUCUUCCUUGUCCUUGAGUUGGACUAAACCAAAGGAGGAAGAAGGGGUAAAGGAUGAGGCUAAGGGAUAUUUUGUAGAAUUAAGACCAGCUGAGAACACAGAAUGGACUCGCUGCAACUCCCAUGCAAUUAUCACAACCUCCUACACAAUUCUUGGUCUUAAGUCCAUGGCCAUGUACUGGGUACGAGUGGUUGCAACUAAUGAAGGCGGAGAAGGUGAACCACAGGACCUGGACAACUACAUCAUUGCCAUGCCUCCACCAGUGAAACCAAAAUUUACUGAUCGAAAAAUGAAGAGCUUUAUGGUGGUAAGAGCUGGACAUUCUGUUCGGGUGAACAUUAAUUUUGAGGCUUCUCCAAUGCCCACAGUAAACUGGCUCAAAGAUGGAAUGCCUCUAUGCAAACAUGUGACUGUAAGCAACACAGAAGGAACAUCUAAGCUUCUGAUUCCAUCUGCGGAGCGUUCUGAUACAGGAGUUUAUUCCAUCAUAGUCAAGAACAUGGUCGGCCAGGAGACUUUCAGUAUUGAAAUUAGGGUCACAGAUGACCCAAAAUCUCCUGGGCCAGUGGAGCUGGAGGAAAAUGUCUCUGGUACAUUAACCGUCUGUUGGAGCCCCUCUCCUGAUGAGAAGCGAGAUGACCGUCUGCACUACAUGGUGGCUAAACGUGACUCGGUCAAGCAGACCUGGCACACAGUAGCUGACCAAGUGUUCAACCACAGCUUCACAGUUGCCAACAUCAUGCCAGGAAGAGAAUAUAACUUCCGUGUGUAUGCUAAAAAUGAUAUUGGGAUUUCUGAACCUUCUGAGUCCCCAACAUGGGGGCGAGUGAGGAAGAAAGAAAGGUUCACCGUCCGUGUGCCUGAACCCAAGGCCUUGAACUUUGAAUCACCACCUACUUUCACUGUCCCAAUGAAAACACAUACCUGUCAAGAGAAGUAUGAAUGUUACAUGAGUUGUGCUGUGAGGGGCAAUCCCACCCCCUAUGUGACCUGGUACCACAACAACAUCAGUCUCAACGCAGAUGCCAAUUACUACAUCACCAACACGUGUGGUGUCUGUUCCUUAUUAAUACUAAGAGUGGGGCCUAAAGACAGUGGAGAGUACAAAGUUGUUGCAGAAAAUUCUUUAGGUCGUGCUGAGUGCAUCACUCAACUCAAAAUCAAAGAAUGAAGAGAUGCUGCCAUGGAUAUGUUCAGAGCUUUCUUAAGGUUAAUGUUACUUAUGUAUAACCAUUCAAGUUAUGUUUAAGUUGUGCCAGUAAUAAUUUUAUUUAAUAGAUGCUAAACAAAUAAAAAAAUUAAAUGUU